AUCACUUUUACACAACAACAAACUACCACCCAACUAUCCAAGAUGCAGCUCUCCAUUCUCUCCACCAUUAUCCUUGCUCAGGGCAUCGUCGCCAUGCCUUGGACCUCGAAGCAAUCCAACGGCGAGGAGAUCACUCUUCGCAUUCAGAUCUCUGAUGGAUCAUCUUCCAUUGUCAACCCCAAGCCCAAGGGAACCAUCAACAUUGAGAACUAUGAGGUUUGCCUAAAAGUCUGUUGGCCUGAGGAGCCAAAGUGCCCCGAGGGAUGGAACGCUAAGAAAUUCGAUGAUGGCGACUACCCUUGCUGGACUUGCUGCAAGAAGACCGGCGACGAUGACCUCUGAUUAUCAAGACUUUCUUCAACUUCACACAGCAAAUGUUGAGUUUAGAACUCUUCAGAUCAGUAUUAGGAGGAUACUGGACCAAUAUAGUUAGAAUUGAAAUUCGUUGACUCUGAA